UUGUAAAUCGACCAACUAGCGUUCACUUUUCCACAUCCGAGUUUGGAAAAUGUUCUGAUGGUGGACGUCAGAUUUUUUUUUAAAUCGUUUAUUUCCGAGGCUUUCUCUGUCAUUUCUCUGAAGUGAAUGCCAGCAACAGCUGUCUUUUAGAGUUAUAGCCAGUUAGCGAUGAGUCUUACAGCAGGUUACUAACGUUAGCUAAUGCUAACUCUAGCAGCUGGAUGAGUACAGUAGCUAGCCCAGUGUCGUUAGUGUGUUCACAGGCUAACAAAGCAGUCUUUAUCCAAAACGGCUUGCUAAUAUUUACUUUGUAGCUAGCUACCUAGCACUACGGAAAUAGUUUUUACAGUUAAUGUAUUCACAGCUACCACGUUUUCUAGCAUUGCUAGCUAGCCAGCAAAAUGGGUUAGUUUGCGGUUAUGGUGUUGACCAAACAGUUACUCUGUCAUAGCCAGACACCCCAGUUGAACUGCAGGUCUCUACUGAACAGUUUAUCCAGCUUGCUUGUUAUUGGAGCAUUCCUGCAAUUCAAUUCCUCUGGCUGGACUGGGUGGUCGCUGGGAUCUCCUAAGGUCAUGCCAUGGUGCUACGAAGAUUACUAAGAAAACGUUGGGUGCUAGGUGUUGUGUUUGGACUUUCUUUGAUCUACUUCUUAACCAACACCCUGAAACAGGAGGAGAGAACCAUAAGGGAUCGCACCCUGUUGGAGGCCAGGGACCCGGACCACCGGAUCCCAUGGAAGGUCAGGUUUAACCUGGGCAACAGUAGCAGGCUGAUCACUCAGUGCCGGAACUCCAUUCAGGGCAAGACAUUGCUCACAGAUGAACUGGGUUAUGUGUGUGAGAGGAAGGAUCUGCUGGUGAACGGUUGCUGUAAUGUCAACGCUCUGAGCUCUAGACAAUACAUCUGUAAAAGUUGUCUGGCCAACGGCUGCUGUAACAUCUACGAGUACUGUGUAUCCUGCUGCCUCCAGCCUGAUAAGCAACUUCUACUAGAGCAUUUCCUGAACAGAGCUGCAGACGGCUUUCAGAACCUCUUCACCGCCGUGGAGGACCACUUUGAGCUGUGUUUAGCUAAGUGUCGGACUUCAUCGCAGAGUGUCCAACAUGAAAAUACCUACAGAAAUCCACAAGCAAAAUACUGUUAUGGAGAAAGUCCACCUGAACUGCUGCCUAUAUGAUUGUUCGAUCCUCUGGGACCUACGAGACUGUAAAGAAACAAAUAAUAGUCCAACUAAGAGCCAAGGGACACCUUGAUGCUCCUUGAGAAGACAGGCUUCAUCUUGUGUCCCAUACUGGCCUUAAAUUCUAAUACCAUACAGUGCCAUCAAGAACACCAGAGCCAUAUACUGUAUAGAGGGAGUUUGGCAAACUUUGACUGACAAUAACGGACACCAUGUUGAACCUUUUGAUGUAAUAAUGUGAGUAAUCGUCUCUACAUAUGGCUCUGAAGAACACUAUCGUAACCUCACAACUAUGGACAAAUACUUUGUGAUUUUUCUAUAUUAUUUACACUUCAUAAGUGCAUAGCUUCAUAACUUCAUCAGUGAUGAUCAUCAGGUCUCAUUCGCUCACCAGUUGGGAUUCGCCUCAUGCUGCCCAUUGUUUCACAUCAUGGGCGUGUUCAUUAGGGCAUGCAACUGAAAGCGUUUUAAAACGUUUCGCAACAUAACCAAUAAGAAACCCACAUUUUAGUUAAGUCCCUCCCUGUUUAAGUUUUCUUCCAUUUGGUGCCAAAUGAACAUGACCCAUGUAAUAAAGGUUUUUAUUUCAAGCCUGA